AUGUCAUCUCGACCAGAUUUGAAGGUCGACGACGAAGUCGGCUUCAUCCGCUUCUACCACUCGCUCCCCGAGUCCGACAACAAUGAAACCGUCCGUGUCUUCGACCGAGGCGACUGGUACUCGUCGCAUGGUGCAGAUGCCGAGUUUAUCGCCCGCACCGUGUACAAAACCACGUCUGUCCUCCGCAACCUGGGCCGCAGCGAGACCGGCGGCUUGCCCUCCGUCACCAUGAGCGUGACGGUGUUCCGUAAUUUCCUUCGCGAGGCGCUAUUCCGCCUCAACAAGCGCAUCGAGAUUUGGGUAUCAGGCGGUACGGGCAAGGGCAACUGGAAGCUGUCCAAGCAAGCCAGCCCGGGCAACUUGCAGGACGUGGAGGAGGAAUUGGGCAGUGUGGGUGCGCUGUCGAUGGACUCUGCGCCUAUCAUCCUGGCCGUGAAGAUCUCUGCGCGCGCAGCGGAGGCACGAAACGUGGGCGUGUGCUUUGCGGACGCCAGCGUGCGCGAGCUCGGUGUGAGCGAAUUCCUGGACAAUGAUGUCUACUCGAACUUCGAGUCCCUAAUCAUCCAGCUCGGUGUGAAGGAGUGUCUGGUGCAGAUGGAUUCCGCCCGGAAGGAUGUUGAGCUCGGCAAGAUCCGGGCUAUUGCUGAUAGCUGCGGUGUUGCCAUCUCCGAGCGGCCGGCGGCGGACUAUGGCGUGCGCGAUAUCGAGCAGGACCUUACGCGGUUGCUGCGCGAUGAACGGUCGGCUGGUACUUUGCCCCAGACAGAGCUAAAACUCGCUAUGGGCUCGGCGUCUGCGCUCAUCAAGUAUCUUGGUGUUAUGACGGACCCGACCAACUUUGGCCAGUACCAGCUUUAUCAGCACGACCUAUCGCAGUAUAUGAAGCUGGAUGCCUCUGCGCUCCGUGCCUUGAAUCUUAUGCCUGGUCCGCGGGAUGGAUCGAAGAGUAUGAGUUUGUUUGGCCUGCUCAACCAUUGCAAAACGCCCGUUGGCAGUCGGUUGUUGGCUCAGUGGCUCAAACAGCCGCUGAUGGAUCUUGCCGCCAUUGAGCAGCGACAGCAGCUGGUGGAGGCAUUUGUGGUCAAUACAGAGCUGCGGCAGACCAUGCAGGAAGAGCAUCUGCGUUCCAUUCCCGACCUCUACCGCCUUGCCAAACGUUUCCAACGCAAACAGGCUAAUUUGGAGGAUGUCGUCCGAGUGUAUCAGGUGUCUAUUCGGCUGCCUGGUUUUGUCAGUGCCUUGGAAGAUGUGAUGGAUGAGCAAUACCAGACACCUCUGGACAAAGAGUAUACAUCCAAACUCCGCAGCCACUCAGACAACCUGGCUAGGCUCGAGGAGAUGGUGGAGACUACGGUUGACCUAGCUGCACUCGAAAACCACGAAUUCAUCAUCAAGCCUGAGUUCGACGAAGGUCUCAGGGUUAUUCGCAAAAAGCUGGACAAGCUCCGGUACGAUAUGGAUAUGGAGCACAGGCGGGUUGCGAAGGAUUUGAACCAGGACAUGGAGAAAAAGCUCUUCAUGGAGAAUCACCGUGUGCAUGGCUGGUGCUUCCGUCUGACUCGCACGGAAGCGGGCUGCAUUCGCAAUAAGAAGGGAUACCAGGAGUGCUCGACGCAGAAGAACGGUGUCUACUUCACCACCUCGACUAUGCAAUCUCUUCGUCGGGAGCACGACCAGUUGUCGUCCAACUAUAACCGAACCCAGACCGGUCUCGUCACCGAGGUGGUUAAUGUUGCUGCUUCCUACUGUCCUGUCUUGGAGCAGCUCGCUGGCGUGUUGGCUCACCUUGAUGUCAUCGUGAGCUUCGCACACGCGUCCGUCCACGCGCCCGCGGGAUAUGUUCGGCCCAAGAUGCACCCCCGGGGGACAGGGAACACGGUCCUCAAGGAAGCCCGUCACCCAUGCAUGGAAAUGCAAGACGACAUCUCCUUCAUCACCAACGACGUCUCUUUGAUCCGCGACGAAUCCUCCUUCCUCAUCAUUACCGGUCCCAAUAUGGGCGGCAAAUCCACAUACAUCCGGCAAAUCGGUGUCAUCGCGCUCAUGGCCCAGACAGGCUGCUUCGUACCCUGCACCGAAGCGGAAUUGACAAUCUUUGAUUGCAUUCUUGCGCGGGUUGGUGCCAGUGACUCGCAGCUGAAGGGUGUAUCCACGUUCAUGGCGGAGAUGCUGGAGACGGCCAACAUCCUCAAGUCUGCCACGGCGGAGUCUUUGAUUAUCAUUGACGAGCUUGGUCGUGGAACGAGCACCUAUGAUGGCUUCGGCCUAGCCUGGGCUAUUUCGGAGCAUAUCGUCACGGAGAUUCGCUGUUUCGGUCUCUUCGCGACUCACUUCCACGAGUUGACCGUGCUGGCGGACCGAUACCAGAAGGCCGUGAAGAACUUGCAUGUCGUGGCCUUCAUCGGCGAUGGGACGGACGUCGACGCUAAUGCCGAUGCUGAGAAGAAGAAGCGGCAAGUCACCUUGCUUUACCGCGUGGAGCCUGGUAUCUGCGAUCAAUCAUUCGGUAUUCAUGUCGCCGAGCUCGUCCGUUUCCCCGACAAGGUCGUCAACAUGGCUCGCCAAAAGGCUGAGGAAUUGGAGGAUUUCUCGACUGCCGAGACUGUGGACCAACAGCAAUCGACGCCAUCGGUGGACAAGUACUCCCAGGAGGAAGUGGAAGAGGGCAGCGCGCUCCUCAAGGAUAUGCUGGUGAAGUGGAAGGCCGAGAUUGAAGGCAAAGAACUCUCGUCUGAACAGAAGCGCCAAAUUAUGCGUGAUCUUGUCAAGGGAGAUGAGAAAUUGCAGGCGAACAGAGUGUUCCAGGGCAUCAAGGCUCUCUAG